AUGGAGCCUGUUGAAGCUUUUUUUGAUGAAGAAUCUAGGGGAAUGCUUUCAAGUGAUCAAGAUGCUUAUUUCAUGCUACAUUUGCUUGAUCAUGAUUCGUUUUCGAAUCACACUAACCACGUUUUCAGCUUCGAAAUCCCACAAGAUUUUGUGCCUAACGAUGAAAAUGUGGCUUCAGUUCUCGAUGAGAGUAUUUUAUUCUCUUCUGAUACUACUCUCACUAACCUUUACCGUAAUUCUCAAGAAAGUUGUAGUGAAUUGUCUCCCUAUGAAGACAAUAGUGAUAAUCUUUUUCAUGUAAUAAAUAGAGAAUUUGAGUCCUUUGAUCAAAGGUUUCCAGUCUUUCCUGAUGAUUUGAUGGAAGAAACUCUGAUCUAUAUGAAAGAAGAAAAAGGCACUAAUCAAUUGGGCAAUGCAGAAAGGCAGACUUCAGCAACUGAUGAUUCUAUGCAGCUUAAGAGGAAAUUCAACCCUCUAGAAAUUCAGAAUGGAGCUGAAGAAGAUAAUUCAUCCGAAAAUCCUAACAAAAGAACGCAUUUGGUUUCUAGAGAUGCAACAAAAAAUAAAAGGAGCAAAGACUCAAAAUCGAAAAAGAACAAGAAAUUGAUCCGAAAUAGCAAUGACGAAGAAGAUACCUAUAAUGCUAGAGGAAAUGGACAGAGCUCCAGUUCUUGGAGCAUUGAAGAUGAUUCUAAUGGUUCUCAAGAAUCAAAUGAAGAAACUUCAGAGUCCCAAGGCUUAGCCACCAUUAACUCGAAUGGAAAGAGAAGAGCCAGCAGAGGUUCUGCAACUGAUCCACAAAGCAUCUAUGCAAGGGUCGAUAUCAGCACUAUGCUAGAAGAGGCUGUCCAUUAUGUUAAGUUCUUACAGCUUCAAAUCAAGUUGUUAAGCUCUGAUGAUUUAUGGAUGUUUGCUUCAAUUGCUGACAAUGGCAUGGAUAUUGAUCUUCACGGCAAGAUUUCUCCAUCUAUAUGA